AUGGGUAGCUUGGGGAUUAGCAAUGGAUGUGGAGCAAGUUGCUGUUGCAGUGAGGUUGGGGCGGUGGUGGCACUGAUGUGUCGCUGUGCUGGCAGUCCGAUGGCGCCGCAGCAGAAGCUUCUUCCCCUUAAAGCCAAUGGAAUAAGCUCCAACACCACCAAUUGCCCUGUAAAGGAAAGACGAGCCCUCUUGAAACUCAAAGCUGGUCUCAAAGACCCUUCCGGCUGGCUCUCUUCCUGGACUGGCCGCGAUUGCUGCGAAUGGGUUGGCGUGUGCUGUGACAACGACACGGGCCGUGUUGUGAAGUUGGAUCUCAGAAGCCCCGACAUAUGCGGUGACAUUGUAGAUGACGACGACGGUGCUCCUGAAUCUGCACUAGAAGAUUACAAGCCGAUGUGUCUGAGCGGCCAAGUAAGUCCUUCCUUGCUUGCUUUGAAGUACUUGACUUACUUGGAUCUGAGCCACAACAAUUUCCAAGGCAAUCCCAUUCCCAGUUUCAUAGGCUCUCUCAAGACGCUGACCUAUCUUAAUCUCUCCCAAGCAUCAUUUGGUGGAUUAGUCCCUCCCCAAUUAGGGAAUCUCUCGAACUUGCGCUAUCUUGACCUCACUUUCAACUUUUAUUCCCGUCAAGAGCUCCGAGUGUCGGAUUUAAAUUGGCUUUCUGGUCUCUUUUCUUUGAACUACCUUAACUUGGAAGGCGUCGAUCUCCGGAAGGGAUCUGCUCGUUGGCUGGAGAACGUUAACAUGCUUCCUUCUCUGAUGGAGUUGCACUUGGAGGACUGUCAGCUCUCUGAGUUCCCUGAAUCUCUGUCGUUUGUGAACUUCACAUCGCUUUCGGUUCUUGAUCUCUCUUUUAACAACUUCAACUCCACAAUGCCUCAGUGGGUUUUCAACAUCACAACUCUUCUUGAGCUCACGCUCAUUCAUUCUGAACUCAAGGGCUCCAUUCCCGCUGUUGCAGAGGGUGCGCUUUGCAAACUGCGAAAGAUAAUUUUUUCCUUAAAUAGCUUGACAGGAAACAUAAGCGAGCUUGCAGUGGGCUUGUCUGGGUGCAAUAAUAGCAACUUAGAGGAGCUAGAUUUGUCGACCAACGAGUUCAACGGUCCGUUGCCCGACUCUCUGGGAUUGCACAGAUGUUUAAGAGUUCUUCGACUCUACCAAAAUUCCUUCUGGGGACCGAUCCCGAGUACUCUAGGAAAUCUAUCACGUUUGGUUGAGCUGGACUUGUCCUUCAAUAACAUGAAUGGUACCAUACCAGAAAGCAUUGGACAACUGUCGAAGCUGACCACUUUGGGCCUUUAUUCGAAUUCUUGGGAAGGUCUCGUUACGGAAAGUCAUCUCCGAAGUCUAAAAGAGUUGGAAAUUCUCAAAAUAUCAUCUUAUCGGGGUAGUUCACUGAAGUUCAGAUCCACCCAUGGCUGGGUUCCUGAGUUCAAUUUAAGUUUAAUCGCAAUUGAGAAUUGCCAGUUGGGUCCAGAAUUUCCCAAAUGGCUGAAGAAUCAGAAGAAACUGUCAAGCAUGACCCUUUCAGGAGCUGCGAUUUCGGGCACAGUGCCCGAUUGGCUGUGGAAACUGUCGCAACAGCUUCAGAUAUUAGAUCUUUCCGAAAAUCAAAUGGUGGGGAAACUUCCCAGAUUCUUAGAGUUCGAUUUUGGAGCACUAGUCAACUUAGCUUCCAACCGAUUGGAGGGUUCAUUUCCACUCUGGUCGGAUGUGAUUGCCCUCUCUUUGAGGAACAACUUGAUUUCAGGACCUAUCCCAGCAAAUGUCAACCGCCACAUGUCAGCCUUGGUUUUGCUGGAUGUGUCGAACAACUCACUCACUGGAGACCUACCUUCUUCAGUGAGCAGGUUGGAGAAUCUAAUUUUUCUCGAUUUAUCAAACAAUGCUCUCUCUGGAGAUAUUUAUGCUGGGUGGAACAUUAUGCCGGGCAUGACAAUCUUGGAUCUUUCCAAGAACAAUUUCUCCGGUCACAUUCCCUGCCAAAUGUGCUCGUUACUACCUUCCCUUGAAUGGCUAAAGUUGAGCACCAACAAUAUUUCUGGAGAGUUACCCUCUUUCUUGUUAAACUGCACUCGCCUGCACACACUCGAUCUAGGGGAAAACAGACUUCACGGGGUAAUCCCGCAGUGGACUGAAAAAAGCCUCAAUACGUUAUCGGAAUUGAUCCUCCGGUCCAAUAGUCUCAGCGGAAGAAUUCCUGAACAACUGUGCAACUCUCUGAACCUGCAUGUCUUGGACCUCGCCAAUAACGACUUGUUCGGACCGAUUCCCAGAUGUUUCGGCAAUAUGUCAGGGAUGAAAUCUUUAGAGCCCCACAGUUGGUCACCCCGGUCAUACAAAAGUCUUUACUUUGGAAGCAUUGAGUUAAGCAUGAAGGGAAGGUUGAUGGAGUAUUUCAAAUUGAUUCCACUAGUUAACAUGAUAGACCUUUCGAGAAAUAACCUCUCAGGGGAAAUUCCUCCAGAGAUAUCAAAUCUCUCCACAUUGAAGGCACUGAUCUUGUCGAACAACCGACUGACGGGAAACAUACCGAGCAACAUAUCAGAGUUGAAACAGUUGGAAACUCUUGACCUCUCAUUCAACCACCUGUCAGGCCAAAUUCCUCCUGGCAUGUCCUCCAUGACAUUCUUGAAUAGUUUGAACUUGUCAUACAACAACUUGGACGGAGAAAUUCCCGGAGGCACCCAGUUCACAACAUUCUAUCCAUCCAGCUUUGAGGGAAAUCUGGGCCUCCGUGGGCUUCCGUUGUUGCGAAAUUGCUCAGCUCCGGGGCCGGACGCACCAAAACACGGCAAAGAUAAAGGAAAUGAGGAAGAUGAUCACGGAGAAUUAUGGUUCUAUGCAAGCAUCGUACUGGGAUUUCUGGUGGGAUUCUGGUCCGUUUGCGGCACACUGGUGAUAAAAAGGUCCUGGAGACAAGCUUAUUUUAGAUUCGCGGAUAAGAUUAAGGACAAGCUCUAUUUGACCGUCCAACUGAAAAUAGCUCGUUUGCGGAGGAAUUGGGAGAACGGAACCUGA